AUGGCAGGACCAAAAGGAACGGCAAUACCGAGCUGGCAACAAGGUGCUGCGCAGGAGACGUCCUCAGAGAGCAGCACAGCCACGAGCUCACCAGCAGAGCCCGAGAGCAGAGAGACCCUUCUCGAGCAGGCCAAACGGUUUCUCCAAGACGAAUCCAUAUCCGAAGCGCCCACAGAUAAGAAGAUCGCAUUUCUAGAGUCCAAGGGGCUGUCGAACGACGAAAUCCAUACCCUUCUAGGUGUAUCUAGAAACACCCAGGCUACCGCUGACGAUACCACCACUACUACCAGUUCCACAACACCAGAACCGGAAUCGCAAUCGCAAUCAUCGAAGGUGAAAGAAACUCCCAAAGAACCACCGAGUGAAGGUGUGCAGUUUUUGUCAGCUCCGUCUCCCACACCCAGCAAGGAUGUGCCCCCGAUCAUCACAUACCCUGAAUUCCUCCUCCGGCAAUCAAAACCACCUCUCAUCACGUUCCAGAACUUCUUAUAUACGUUAUAUGGCACUGCCGGGCUUGCAGCCAGCAUCUAUGGUGCAAGUGAAUACCUAGCCAAACCGAUGCUAGAGUCACUAAACGGUGCCCGGCACGAGUUCUCCGAAACAGUACAAGGGAAUCUCAAGAUGUUAAAUGAGAAGCUAGAAGGCAGUGUAUCCAGAAUACCACCACUAUCAACUCCGAGACCGAAACAGACGUCAUCAACAGAAGGCCAGAGCGAGGACGAUAACGAGUCAGUCACCUCGGAUCCAACGGAGCUUUUUCAUCGAGACAUCGCUACCCAGACCAUAGACCUGGAGCCGCCUACUUCAUCACAGACGGCGGUAGGUACGGAGGUGCAGGCUGAGCCGGCGCAGAAGACGAUUGAUAACCACCUUGCGCGUUUACGGUCGAUAUCCUCGCACUUGUCUAGCGUGGUGACGGCGGAGAAGUAUAGUGAUAGUACCCAGGGCUAUGCCAGAGAUAGGUUGACGGAGCUAUAUACGUAUCUUGAUAGUCUCACGUAUAGCACUCCAUCGUACCUGAGCUCGUCUUUGUACGGUUCGUAUGAGGAUUCUGAUACGAAGAAGCCUACUGGUGAGGAUGAGGCUAUUUCAGCGUUUAAGUCAGAGGUGCGGAGUGUCAAGGGGACCCUGUUGAGCGCAAGGAACUUUCCGUCUGGUAGCGGUGGGCUGAGAUCAGGUUCUGCGGUGCGGUGA